GUGCAGCCGGCGGUGCUCGGGGUGGGCGGAGGCAGCGGCCUAGCGAAGGUUCCAGAGUCGCCGCGUGCGGAGGGCGGACGGCGGCAUCGCGCAGGUCGGACGCACUCCUAGCGGCUCUCGCUGGUGAGAUCCACGCUUGUGGAGGGUGUUUUGUGGCCGGCGGUUCCUGUCUUCGCGUGCUGCCUGCAGUCUGGGCUUGAGGUCCGACACUGCCCGACCAUGGCUUCAGUUUUGGAGGAGCUGCAGAAUGAUCUAGAAGAGGUAAAGACGUUGCUGGAAAAGGCUACUAGGAAGAGAGUUCGUGAUGCCCUGACAGCUGAAAAAUGCAAGAUUGAAACAGAAAUAAAGAAUAAGAUGCAACAGAAGUCACAAAAGAAACCAGAACUUCAUGACAGUGAAAAACCAGCUGCUGUGGUUGCUCCCAUCACAACAGGAUACACAGUGAAAAUCAGUAAUUACGGUUGGGAUCAGUCAGACAAGUUUGUGAAAAUCUACAUUACCUUAACUGGAGUUCAUCAAGUUCCUGCUGAGAAUGUACAGGUGUAUUUCACAGAAAGGUCAUUUGAUCUUUUGGUAAAGAACUUAAAUGGGAAAAGUUAUUCUAUGAUUGUGAACAAUCUUUUGAAACCCAUCUCAGUGGAAGGCAGUUCGAAAAAAAUCAAGACUGAUACAGUUCUUAUCUUGUGUAGAAAGAAAGCGGAAAAUGUUCAGUGGGAGUACUUAACUCAGGUUGAAAAAGAGUGCAAAGAAAAAGAAAAGCCAUCCUACGAUGCUGAGACAGAUCCUAGUGAGGGGUUAAUGAACGUUCUAAAGAAAAUUUAUGAAGAUGGAGAUGAUGAUAUGAAGCGAACUAUUAAUAAGGCCUGGGUGGAAUCAAGAGAGAAGCAAGCCAAAGGCGACACAGAAUUUUGAGACUUUCAAGUCCUUUUGAGAACUAUAGUACAGAAAUACUGGUGUUUCCAGUAAGGGAAUGUUGGUGAGCUGCACAUAGAAAUUUGACAGAUAACUACAAAGCCUUCACAGUAAAGGCACCAAAUUCUCCAUUUCUUACUGGAGGAUUUAUUUAAAUGAGAUAUGUUUAUUAAGUACUUCCUCCAACGAUGGUUUGUACCCUGGCCAUUUUGUUCACAAAAGGUUUACCUGGCAUUCUCAUCAAAAUAUAAAAAGUCUUGCCUAAUGAAAACAAUAUAUUAUGUAUAUUUUUGUUCAGCUAGGAGAUAGAAAACAAAAGUAUUUGCUUGCCUGUAAGUUACAGAUGUCAUUCCCCACUAAUGUAAGAAUAAGAGUAAAACUGAGUUUUUGUAUAAAAUUCAAAUUUGUGCUUCAAAUUUACUGUAGAGCCAUUGAUCCCUGAUUGCCAGGAGCAGUGUAAGUAGCAGGGAUUACCAUGCACUAACGCAAUCAUAAACGUUCCUCUCUAGAUUUAAGUAUAUUUGUUAACAAAUAUGGAAUUGAGGUAAAAGACAAGCAUCUUCAUAUAGUAUCAGUAAGUUAUACCAUGGGUCAGAUAGCUUCAAAACUAGUAAUCAUCAAGUAAAAAUAAUUAAUUUGAAAAUCGUCUAUUCCUGUGUUCAAUAAAGUUGGAUUUUUAUGUA